AUGGUUGAUUGGGGGGCCAUCCAGGAAGAGAGUAUGCAGAACGAAGAAUUGAAGAAGGUCAGGGAAGGUUUGAUGAAGGGCAGUAGCAAUCAUUCAGGGUACUAUCUGGAGGAAGAGAGGCUACUAUACCAGGGAAGGUUUGUGAUGCCACGAACAUCAGUACACAUCCCUCACAUAUUGCAGAAAUUCCACGGCAGUGCAGUUGGGGGUCAUUCAGAAGUACAUAAGACAUAUAGGAGGUUGGCAUUGGAGCUCUACAAGAAGGGGAUGUAUAAGGAUGUUGAGGAGAUGGUGGCAAGGUGUGAGGUGUGUCAGAGAAAUAAAUACAUGGCCAUGGCACCAAGGGGACUUCUCCAACCAUUAGCACUGUUGACGAAUAUUUUCGCAUCGACUCGACCCCUAUUGAGCCCGACAAAGCUCGAUCGCGCUCGAUCAACUCAAUUGAUCAUCAUCGAGGUGAAAUUAAUCCGAAUUAUGCCUCAAAUUUAA